AGUUGUAGGAUUCUUUUAUUUUUCUCCGAUUGUCCUAAAUUUUCUUCGCGUAUGGGUCGAUUCAUUUAACGACUUGACUUCCUACUUUCAUCUUCGUUCGACUUUGACAGUCUCUCUUCGCACAUCCUACCCUUUUUUCAACAUGUCUAUCGCGCUGGACUCUUUCAAAGACUUUACCGGCACCAUCCUCGACCACGGUCGUUUUCGUCUCCUCAACUGCCUCGGCGCCGGCGCCUUUGGAAAGGUCUAUCGAACUCUGGACACAACAUCGCCUAAUAGCAAACCCGCCUUCUAUGCUGUCAAAUGCCUUCGCACCUUGGACGACCGCACUCGCGAGCACCGGUUCCAGAUCCGUGAACUCGUCAACCAUAGCUGCGUCUCUAAACAUCCCAACAUUGUUACAUUCCAUCAAGUCAUCUUCCAGGACAACUUUCACUAUGUCGUGCUGGAUCUCUGCGAAGGCGGCGAUCUCUUUGACAGGAUUAUCCGGAAAUUCUUCUACCGGCGAGACGACAGGGUACGAAAUAUCUUUCUCCAGCUCAUCGACGCCAUCGCGUUCUGUCACGAACAGAGCGUGUACCAUCGUGAUAUCAAGCCAGAAAAUAUUCUUUGUUCAACGUAUUGUUCACGGAUUUACCUCACCGACUUUGGUCUGUCGACGCAGAACGAGACCUCGACUUUCCAUGAAUGCGGAAGCAAGGAGUACAUGAGUCCUGAAUGUAUAGGGAAAGAGUUUGGUUACACGCCCAACAGACGAUACUCUACUCGGAGAAAUGAUAUCUGGUCUCUCGGUGUCGUACUCACAACGAUGGUCGCUGGGUGCCCUCCUUGGAAGAUGGCGGUGACAACCGAUUCUUCCUUCAGGUUAUAUGUUCAGGAUGGAGAUCACCUAAGACGCUCCUUGCCAGGUAUAUCUGCAGGCGCCUGUACCAUCCUCAAGAAGAUCUUCUGUCCGGAGCGUCGUCGUAUUUGCUUGGCUGAUCUUCAACGUGAAAUUACCGAACUCGAGACAUUCUUCUCUGAUGAACCUCCUUCCGAUUCCUUGUCUCGUAAUUCUCCUGUUCUCCAAUGCUCCAUCUCAUCGCUAAGCUCCACCCCUUCGAGCGAGAUUGGUGCGUUGCGUAUCGACGACUCUCUUGCGCCCGAUCUUGGGGCAAUCCAUCUUGUCGGUGCCGACGGGCUUGUUAGCACUCCAGUCGUCGUGUACUCUCAAUUGACAGGCGAUGAGCGUUGCAUAAUGUCCGCAUCGCCAUCAUUGCGGGCUACCUGUCCUGUGAUGUCCCCCAGCUCAUUUGCUUUGUCGGUGCACAGUGGUGGAUCUAUAGCGCCAGAGACUCACCCAGUUCAUGUCGAUGUCAGUAAGGUGCCAGACAUGAAAGAAGGCGAAGGUAUUGGCGAGGUGGACAUAGCUUUGGUGGUCAAAGAUGACGAGAAUGAUACUCAGCCCGCUGAUUUGGCUGACGGCACUGGUUCGCGGAAGAAACGUGUGUUCUUCCAGCGGUUUGUUCAGAAACUGGCUGCGUCUAGGAAUAGGUUGUCGAUGAUUCUUCAUUCGGCUUAAGUUAUAGGCAACAUCCUAUGCCACACGUCGAAAUCAUGC